AUGGGCUUCGACUUGAUCUUCCUCAUCGGUGCCGCCGUGCAAACCGCUGCAAACGGCUCGCUCUCUUAUAUAUACGGCGGACGUGUGAUUGCAGGUUUUGGAAUUGGUGGCAUGUCCGCCAUCACCCCUGUCUUCGUGUCUGAGAACUGUCCCCCGAAAAUCCGUGGUCGUAUCGCCGGUCUGUUCCAGGAGUUCCUUGUCAUCGGUGUUACGGUGGCCUACUGGCUCUGUUACGGUGUCGGCGAGAACAUCGCACCUACGACCAAACAAUGGCGUAUUCCUAUUGCCUUCCAACUUGUGCCUGGUGGUCUCAUGUUGAUCGGAAUGUUCUUUCUCACUGAAUCCCCUCGUUGGCUCACAAAGGAAAACCGCUACGAAGAGGCCCUCGAAGCCCUCGCGUACAUGCGCAGCAAGCCCGCCAACGACCCAGACGUCCAGGCUGAAUUCUCCGAAAUCAAAACAGCCGUCGAGCACGAAGUCGAAGAAACACAAGGCCUGACAUGGCGCGAGACCCUCCAACCCGGCAACCGCCUGCGCUUCAUCAACUGCUUCGUCAUGAUGUUCUGGCAACAAUUCUCAGGCACAAACAGUAUCGGAUACUACGCACCUCAGCUCUUCCAGACCGUGGGGGUUAGAGGCGGCAACACCAGUUUGUUCACCACGGGUAUCUACGGUGUGGUCAAGGUCGUUGCAACUGGUAUUUUCCUGAUCAUCGGUAUCGACAAGAUUGGUCGUCGUUGGUCACUCAUCGUCGGCGGCUGGUGGAUGAGCGCCAUCAUGUUCGUCCUGGGCGCGGUGCUGGUCAGCAAGCCCCCUGACCCGGAAAGCACGAGCGGCAUUUCCUCCGCCUCGCUUGCCAUGGUCGUCAUGAUCUAUCUGUACGUCAUCGGCUUCUCUGCCUCCUGGGGUCCGAUUCCAUGGGUGUACGUGUCUGAAAUCUUCCCGACCCGUCUGCGUGCGUACGGUGUCGGCCUUGGCUCUGCUACACAAUGGCUAUUCAACUUCGUCAUUACCUACAUCACCCCCGCGGCUGUUGCCAACAUUGGCUGGCGCACAUUCAUCAUGUUUGGUAUUUUCUGCUUCGUCAUGGGCGUCUGGGUGUUCCUCUUCAUUCGUGAGACCAAGGGCCGCUCGCUUGAGGAAAUGGAUGUCCUCUUCAAACGGACAUUUGCAUUCGGGCAUCUCCGGGACAUCGAGCACCGGCCUGACACGAAAUUGGACGAAGCAAAGGGCGAGGUUACCGAGCAUGCGGAGGAUGUUGACCGCCGGUAG